UGUCCCUGCCCUUGAAUGGCUCAACCCCACCAACGACCAAGUGGCUUUGAAAAAGGACAGCGCCACUUCUUAGCAGACAGACGCAGUGGAGGAGCAAUUGGAAGAAUGUCAGAACAGCAGGGUGCCCCGGAGCAGCUGGCUGCAGGAAAGAGCCAGGGUGGAGCCGGAGCCACAUACAAGGUGGUGCUGUUUGAAUUUGAGAACUUUCAGGGAAGCAAAGCUGAGUUCUCAGCAGAGUGUCAAGAUGUACUCGAGAAAGGCCUCCAGAAGGUUGCCUCGGUGAUAGUAGAAUGUGGGCCAUGGGUGGCUUAUGAUCGUCACGGCUUCACGGGGGAACAAUUUAUUCUGGAGAAAGGCCAGUACCCUCGCUGGGACACUUGGACCAACAGUCAGAACAGCUACUCCCUCUUGUCCCUAAAGCCACUCAAGUUGGAUAGUGCUGACCACAAGAUACACUUGUUUGAGAACCCCGGCUUUACAGGUAGAAAGCUGGAAAUUAUUGACGAUGACGUUCCCAGUUUGUGGGGCCACGGUUUUCAGGAUCGCGUAGCAAGUGUCAAAGCUCUCAAUGGAACAUGGGUUGGCUACAUGUACCCAGGCUACAGGGGGCGCCAGUUUAUCUUUGAACUAGGGGAUUUCAAGCACUGGAAUGACUGGCACGCCCCCGUGCCCCAGAUCCAGUCUGUCCGACGCGUGCGGGACAUGCAGUGGCACAAGACGGGCUGCUUCUCUGCUGUAGAUCCGGCUCCAGCUCCCACUCCAGACCCUGACCCUGCUCCAGCACCACCUGUUCCUUCUACCAAAGGUGGAUCCAGCUGAGCGGGAUCCUAACCUGCCUCUCCCAAGCGCCACGCAGAGCCCUGUCUCUGCCCUCACUAACCUUGACAAAUGCUGCUUAUGCCCACAGGAGUGCCAUAUAUAUUUCCGUGGCCAAUAAAAGUCGACUUGCAAUUGGUGGUUGUUAAUAAUGCUCAUGUAAUUAGUCAAAGAGAUGUCAUGUAAACACUGUAGAAAAGUCACGAGAAGUGAAAAAUCUUCCUGUAUGUGAAACUAUUCCAGUCUACCACUUUACCGUAGCAUAAAGAGGCCACAAUGUAUUGUCAGUGUGUGAUUAGCAUUUAGUCAUAAGCAUGGAAACUAUAUCAAAAUGUAUGUAAGCUUGCUAUUAAAAUAUAGUGCACCACA